AUGGCAGCAGACUCUGAAUCCAAACUCCAGCUGGUCCGGAGACACAUCCGAGACUUUCCAGACUUUCCAAAGCAAGGCAUCCUGUUCAGGGAUAUUUGUCCCAUCCUGAAGGAUCCAGCAGCUCUGACGGCAGUGACCGACCUGUUUGAAGAGCAUGUCAGGAAGAAUCACCCGCAGGUCGAGCUGAUUGUCGGUCUCGAUGCUCGUGGUUUCUUGUUCGGUCCCCUGCUGGCCCAGCGGCUCGGUGUUGGCUUCGUCCUGAUCAGAAAGAAGGGCAAACUGCCUGGAACCACUGCGUCUGUGACGUAUGAUUUGGAAUAUGGCAAGGCUGAAGCAGAGAUCCAGGAAGACGCUGUCGCUCCAGGACAGAAGAUUCUACUCAUUGACGACCUCUUGGCUACUGGAGGGUCUUUGUAUGCAGCCUGUGAGCUGAUGAAGAAGCAGCAGGCUGAUAUUCUGGGCUGCCUGGUGGUCAUCGAGCUCAAAGAGUUAAACGGCAUCGACAAACUCAAAUCGCACCCUGUAUUCUCCCUGGUGCAGUACUGAGCCCCCCACAGCCCACAGAGCAGGCUGGGGAACCAGUUUGAAUCGUUUACAUUCAGGUGCCUUCCAAAUGUAACCAGCAACAAAGAGUUUAUUAUUCAUUCAUAAAUCUGUUAAUGCACUGGUGCCAUGUCCUUUGACCGGGAGCAACUCGGUUUCCAUCUUUAAGGAAUCAUAAAAUAUCUUUUGCCUAAUGCAUGGGAUCAGUCCCUGCAUCCCUGAACAGGAGGAAGCAGAGAGGAUGGAUUGAUAUGUUUGAAAGGCAUUAUAUCUGUCGCAGUCUGAAUGGGUAUACUUUAAAAGGGUUUCUCCAGCUGUGUAUCAAAUGGCUCACACGUGUAGGAAAACGGUGGAUAAUACAUCUGCCCGUGUGCUAUCCUGGGCACAUUGGACAGAUCAGGCUACACUAAUAUCAGUAUUGUUUGAGCCAAACAUUUCCUAGAAAUACAGAGCAUCUAGUCUCAUAAAAUAUUCAGCUCCAAUCCAUAUUGCUUUGUGUUUAACAUUUCUCUCCUGCUUUCUGGCACGCUGCUGUAUUAUUUGGGCAGUCUAGAUAUAAUUGCUAACAAAACAUUUCAAAAGCCACAAUAACGAAAACUUUUUUUUAACAAUUGAUGAGAAUGAAUGUUACAUUUUGAUGUUUUCUAAUGCAUUAAACUAAUAGUUUUAA